GAGGCGAGAGACCAACAGAAUCCUUCUGACUCCCGAUCUGGACUCAACGGGUCCGGACUGAGCUGAUCCGGAACCGGUCCGAGCCCCCCUGGUCCCGAUCCACCUGAGACCAGCUGAAGAUUCUCAGCGCCCACCUGAAGCCGGAAGUGAAGCAGCAGCAGCAGACAUGGGCAGUAAGGAGCGCUACCAUUGGCUGGCCCAGAACGUGAAGGUGAGCGGCGUGGACGACAUGGUGCUGCUGUCCAAGAUCAGCGAGGACGCCAUCACGGAGAACCUGAAGAGGAGAUACCUGGACGACUACAUCUACACCUACAUCGGUCCAGUUCUGAUCUCAGUGAAUCCAUUCAAACAGCUUCCAUACUUCACUGAGCGAGAAGUGGAGCUCUACCAGGGAGCGGCUCAGUACGAGAACCCGCCCCACAUCUACGCUCUGGCUGACAACAUGUACAGAAACAUGAUGAUUGACACCGAGAACCAGUGUGUCAUCAUCAGCGGUGAAAGUGGAGCUGGAAAAACUGUUGCGGCCAAAUACAUCAUGAGCUACGUGUCCAAAGUGUCUGGAGGAGGAGACAAAGUCCAGCACAUGAAGGACAUCAUCCUGCAGUCCAACCCCCUGCUGGAGGCCUUUGGGAACGCCAAGACAGUCCGCAACAACAACUCCAGCAGAUUUGGGAAGUACUUUGAGAUCCAGUUCAGUCGAGGAGGAGCUCCUGAUGGAGGGAAGAUCUCCAACUUCCUGUUGGAGAAGAGUAGAGUUGUUUCUCAGAACCCCGGAGAGAGAAGCUUCCACAUCUAUUACCAGGUGUUAGAGGGGGCGAGUUCGGAGCAGCGGGAGAACCUCGGGGUCACGACCCCCGACUACUACUUCUAUCUCAACCAAUCAGGAACCUACACGGUGGAGGACAUGGACGACAAGAAGGAGUUCCUCGACACCAUGGAGGCCAUGUCCGUGGAGGCCAUGUCCGUGGUGGGUCUGUCUCUGGAGGACCAGGACUGUCUGUCUGAGGCCAUGUCCGUGCCUGUCUCCCUGCAUGUCUCCCUCCCUGUCUUCCUGUCUCCCUGCCUGUCUUCCUGUCUCCCUGCCUGUCUUCCUGUCUCCCUGCCUGUCUUUCUGUCUCCCUGUCUGUCUUCCUGUCUCCCUGCCUGUCUCCCUGCCUGUCUCCCUCCCUGCCUGUCUCCCUGUCUCCCUCCCUGCCUGUCUCCAGUCCUGGCCUUCCCCUCCUUCCUGCUCGGCGUCCCUCAGGACGGCCUCUGCAGUAAACUGACCAGCAGGAUGAUUGACAGCAAGUGGGGCGGGAAGAGCGAGUCCAUCGCCGUGACGAUGAGCACGGAGCAGGCCUGUUUCUCCAGAGACGCCCUGUCCAAGGCCCUGCACACCCGUCUGUUCGACUUCCUAGUGGACUGUGUAAAUAAAGCCAUCCAGAAGGACCAGGAGGAUUUCAACAUCGGAGUCCUCGAUAUCUACGGCUUUGAGAUCUUCCAGAGAAACGGCUUCGAGCAGUUCUGCAUCAACUUUGUGAACGAGAAGCUGCAGCAGAUCUUUAUCGAGCUCACGCUGAAGGCCGAACAGGACGAGUACGUGCAGGAGGGGAUCCAGUGGACCCCCAUCGAGUACUUCAACAACAAGGUGGUCUGUGACCUCAUCGAGUCCAAACUGAAUCCCGUUGGGUUGAUGAGCGUCCUGGACGACGUCUGCGCCACGAUGCACGCCAAGGGGGAGGGGGCGGACCAGACGCUGCUGCAGAAGCUGCAGGGCCAGAUGGGCUCGCACGAGCACUUCAGCAGCUGGAGCCAGGGCUUCAUCAUCCACCACUACGCCGGCAAGGUAUCGUAUGACGUCAGCGGUUUCUGUGAGAGGAACAGAGACGUGUUGUUCAAUGACAUCAUCGAGCUGAUGCAGAGCAGCGAGUUUCCCUUCAUCAGAGCUCUGUUCACUGAGAACCUGGAGGUGGAGAAGAGAGGCCGUCCGUCCACCGCCAGCACCAAGAUCAAGAAACAAUCCACCAGUCUGGUCCAGACCCUGAUGAAGUGCACCCCCCACUACAUUCGCUGCAUCAAACCCAACGAGACCAAACGCCCCCGGGACUGGGAAGACAACCGGGCCAGACACCAAGUGGAGUACCUGGGCCUCCGGGAGAACAUCAGAAUCCGGCGGGCGGGAUACGCCUACAGACGGGCCUUCAACAAGUUCCUGCAGAGGUAUGCCAUCUUGACGAAGGAGACCUGGCCACGCUGGACCGAGAAGGAGCGCCAGGGAGUCCUACACCUCCUCAACUCCGUCCACAUGGACCAGGACCAGUUCCAGCUGGGCAAGACCAAAGUCUUCAUCAAAGCUCCGGAGUCGCUCUUCCUGCUGGAGGAGAUGAGGGAGAGGAAGUACAAUGGCUACGCUCGGGUCAUCCAGAAGGCCUGGCGCAAGCACAUCGCUGUCCGCAAGUACGUCAAGAUGAGGGAGGAAGCCUCCGACAUCUUGCUGAACAAGAAGGAGCGCCGCAGGAACAGCAUCAACAGGAACUUCGUGGGCGACUACCUCGGGACCGAGAACCACCCGGAGAUCCGGCAGUUCGUCGGCCGGCGGGAGAGAAUCGACUUCGCUGACGUCGUGGUGAAGUUUGACCGAAGAUUCAGGACUGUGAAGCGAGACCUCAUCCUGACCCCAAAGUUCCUCUACCUGAUUGGUCGAGAAAAGGUGAAGCAGGGUCCAGAGAAAGGUCAGAUCCAGGAGGUCCUCAAGAGGAAGAUCGAGCUCAACAAGAUCCAGUCUGUUUCCCUGAGUCUGGAGUUCAAGGUGAAGAAGGGAGGCUGGGGUCCUUUCAGCUCUUCGGGGUCCCGGCAGAUCCAGUUCCAGGACAGUCAGGGGGACGAGGCCGUCCUGAAGCCCAGCGGCAAGGUCCUGCAGGUCUCCAUCGGACCGGGUCUGCCCAAGAACUCCAGACCGACGAGGAAAGACCAACGCAAGAGCCGCUACUUGGGAAACCAGACCGCGUCCACCAACCAGUCCAACUCCGCUCAUCGCUCCAGAGGGGCCGGAGCUCCCCGAGGAGGCUCCUCCUCCAGAGGCUCCCUGCUGAGGCAGCAGUCCAGCAUGGACCAGCCCAGUCUGCCCCGCCUCCAGAGCCAGCGCCGCCACGACAACCAGCCCAAGAAACACCAAGACAUGGGCUUCAUGAACGUCCCCGAACAGGGCGCCGCUGGACUUCAGCGGCGCCGGUCCAAGGAGGUGAAGCCUCUUCCUGGAGCGGGUCGACCCAAACCGGCUCCCAAAGCCAAGCCGCGGUCCCCUCAGUGCCGAGCGCUGUACGCCUACGAUGCCCAGGACACGGACGAGCUGAGCUUCACCGCCGACGACGUCAUGGAAAUACUCACUGAAGAUGCAUCUGGUUGGUGGUUCGGUCGGUUGCGGGGCAGAGAGGGGAUGUUCCCCGGCAACUACGUGGAGAAGAUCUAAACCUCGUCUUUGGUGAGCGGGGGUCAGAGGUCACCAGAGGUCACCACGUAUGUUUGAGUCAGCGAGGACAGCUUUGAACCGGUCAACGGUCAGUGUCGUAGCCCUGUGUCCAGUCAGGUUAAAUGUCCCCGUAGCCCUGUGUCCAGUCAGGUUAAAUGUCCCUGUAGCCCUGUGUCCAGUCAGGUUAAAUGUCCCCAUAGCCCUGUGUCCAGUCAGGUUAAAUGUCCCCAUAGCCCUGUGUCCAGUCAGGUUAAAUGUCCCCAUAGCCCUGUGUCCAGUCAGGUUAAAUGUCCCCGUAGCCCUGUGUCCAGUCAGGUUAAAUGUCCCCAUAGCCCUGUGUCCA